GCAUCCUGGCCAAGUACCCGCCAGGGCCUUCAUCCCAAGCCAGCCACGCGCACGCCGCCCGCUCGCGCUCACUUCCUCGCUCCCAGCAUCACCUAUGCGCGCGCUUCGCCCCCUGAGCUCCAACGCCAAGCCCCAGACGGACAGCAUCUAGCUAGCCUGUCCCCCGUCGCGCGCCAUGAGCGCCGGCGGCGACACGCUCGACAAGCUCGUGGUGUUCCUCGCGAAGCGCGAUGGCAUCGACAAGCUGGUCAAGACGUUCCAGUACGUGUCCAAGCUGGCGCACUGGGGCGCCGAGUCAUCCCGCCCGGAGUUCGCGAAGCGCGCCAAGAGCUGGGAGACGGCGUCCGGGCUGAGCCGCAAGGCGUUCCGGUCGGGCCGCUUCCUGACCGGCUUCAACAACCUGCGCCGCGCCCCGCCGGGGGAGUUCGGCGCGCUCGCCGUGCUCGCCAACGCCGGCGAGAUGGUCUACUUCUUCUUCGACCACUUCACGUGGCUGGCCCGCGCGGGCGUCCUCGAGCCCUGGCUGGCGCGGCGCUCCUCCUUCAUCUCGGCGUUCGGCGAGUCCGUCGGCUACGUGUUCUUCAUCGCCAUGGACCUCGUCAUGAUCAGGCGGGGGCUGAGGCAGGAGCGGAAGCUGCUGAUGAGGGAAGCCGGCGCCGGGAAGGGCGCGGACAGGGAGAAGGAGCUGCGCAGGAUACGGGUGGACAGGGUGAUGCGGCUCAUGGCGACGGCCGCCAACGCCGCCGACCUCGUAAUCUGCAUCGCGGAGGUCGAGCCCAACCCGUUCUGCAACCACGCCGUCACGCUGGGGAUCAGCGGGCUCGUCUCCGCGUGGGCCGGGUGGUACAGAAACUGGCCGUCGUAGAAUGGGCCGGUCCGGGCCAUGAUAGUAUUCGUCCCUCCUCCUCCCUUUUUAUCCGCAUGAGAUGAUUUUGCCCGUAUUUGCGUUGUCCGUUUCGCUAAGCAGGCAUAACUCAUGAAUACCACCAUGUAAUGCUGCGAUCCAGAAUCGAAAUAAAUACUGAACAUAGCGUUAAUAGUGCAUUCGGUACA